AUGCUGGUUAUUAGUUUAAUUCCUAUUAAUAUCAGAUCUCAAUAUUAGAAAUUAGAUAAACUAAUUUAUUGGUAAAAUUUAGGAAAUAAUUUAAACUUUGCUAUUUUCUGUUCAAUCAUCCACUACUUCUUGAAUUAGAAAAAUUAUUAGCCUAUUUAAAAAUUUUUGAAUAUUAGUUAAAAUAGUUUAUCAGAGGAUUCUCACUAAUUACAAUAAUUAAUUAUACAAAGUUUAGAAGAGAAAAAUCCAAUUUUACAUUUUUUUAGAAGUUUAUAAUAAAUAGAUAAUUAUGUUGAUAAGAUAGAAAAAUUAUUAAUUCAAUUGUGUAGAAUACAUUUUUUAAUAAAAAACUAAAAACCAUACUUAAAUAGCAUAGCAAUAUUUUUAUAAAUUGAAAUUAAUUUCUUGCAAAAUAAUGAAAAAUUAGGAAGAGGAUAGGAAUUAAUAUUACUCUCAAAAAGUAAUGAUGAUUUCUAUUUUAUUAUUCCUCUUCAAUAAAUUCAAAAAUUACCUUUAUAUAAAUGUGUUUAAUGUAAAUAGGAUUAACAUUGCAUUAAUAUGAAUUGUAAACAUUAGAUUUGCUUAAAUUGCAUAUAAACUAAUAAAUAGAAUUCUGAAGAAGAUUACUUCUUUUGUAAAUGUGGACAAAUAAUUAUAAAAAAUAAAUUCUUGGAAGAUGCUAUAUAAGAAACUUAAAAUCUUUAAAUUAUAUAUGCUCAUCAUUUAUUGAUAACAGAAUAUUAUGAAUAGAUUACAGAAAAAGAUUAGAUGAAAAUAGAAUAUGAAAAAGUAGAAUAAAAAUAUUAACGAUAAGUAUAUCCCUAAGAAAUAAUAAACAGUUCAAAUACGUUAAAAUAAAAAUUUCCAGAAAGAUUUUAACAAAUUAAUUUUUAACAAAGAUUACUGAAAUCAGAAUGCGAUACUUUUGAGUAAAUUAUGUUUAUUACAUAGGAAUUAACAAAAUAUUAAUUUCUUAUAUUCUACUUAAUCUCAAGAAAGGGUUAAUAAGACUUUUUAGCCAUAUUCUAUAUAAACUUAAAAUCAUUUUUCUGAAGGAAUAUCAAGGAAUUUUGAUUUGAUGAGCCACUAAGAUGAAUUAUAAUCAUAGCCAUUUUAAGAUUCAAGUAGAAUUACUUAAUAACAAUAAUGUUCUUAUUGUAAUUCUCCAUUUGAUGAAUUUAAUUUAUAAUAAGAUAUAAAUUGUAUAAGUCAUGUUAUUGGAGCAUGUUGUGUAAUGGGAGAUUAUAAUAAUUGCCCUUAAUGUGAAAAAAUUAAGGAAAUAUGGCAUCAACGUAUUAAUAAAUAUUAAUUUUUAGUUAAAAAGAAAUUUAAACCUGAAAAAAUAAGUUCUUUAAAUUAACCCACAAUUUAUUAUGAAAAAUAACUUCCUAAUUCAAAAAAACUAAUCUAAUCAACACCAAUAGUAUCCUCAUAUAAUAUAAGAGUUCCAACAAUGAAAGAAUUUUAUGGACCAUAAAGUUAUGAAAGGUAAAAUAAUAAUCAAUCUUUUCAAUAAAAUAGGUUGGCAAAUAAAGAAUUUCCAUGA